AUGAUCGACUCCAAACUCGCCUCCCAUGUGGCCGAGGGCAAGAAGGCGCAAGCGGCUGGCCGCCCAAUCCCACCAAAGAAGCUGUGGGGUUCAUACGCCGCGCUCAACGUCGCCGCAUUAGGCGCCGUCCUCGUCGCGGGAGCAUACAUUGGAUCCGAGCACAUGCCGGCCAUGCCCGAUUGGAACAAGUACUGGAACAGGCUGCGGAAGGGAGGAGCGGGCGAAGAGGGGCCAGCAUAG